AUGCGUAUCAUUCCUAUACCAAUUUUUGAACACAAUUAUUCAUAUCUUAUCGUCGAUGAUAAAGCUAACGAAGCCGCUGCGGUUGACCCUGCAGAACCGAAAAAGGUUCUAGCUGUCCUCGCUCAGACUGGUGCGAAAUUAACUUCAAUUUUGACGACUCAUCAUCAUAAUAAUCAUUCAUUUGGAAACAUUGAGUUAGUAAUGACCAAACCCAAUCUUGCUGUUUAUGGGGCUGAUGCACGAAUUCCUGAAUUAAAUUAUGUUUGCAAGCAUAAUGAAGAAUUCACUGUUGGCACUUUAAAAGUUCGAUCGUAUCAUACCCCAUCACACACUAGGGGUAGUGUGUGCUAUUAUGUAAGAGACGGUAAUGAGGCAAAUGAGGAAAUGGAAAGGGCUGUAUUUACUGGAGAUACUUUGUUAGUAGGUGGAUGUGGAAAAAUCAUUGAAGGAGACGCAAAAGAUAUGUACAACGUUCUUUAUAACAUUUUAGGAAAACUUCCAAAGGAUACAAAAGUUUAUUGUGGCCAUGAAUCUGCUAGACUCAAUCUUCAGUUCGCGAGCACGGUAGAUCCUAACAAUCAUAAUAUACGCAAAAAAUUGUCAUGGUCUCAAACUUCACAAUGUACCGUUCCUAGUACUAUUGAGGAAGAAUUAGAAUAUAAUCCUUAUCUAAGAGUUUCGUAUGUAUUGUGGUUAUCAACAAAUGUUGCUGAUCCAUAUGAAGUUACGAGAGUAUUGAGGGAGUUAAAUGAUUCGUUUAUUAGCCAAACAAACGGAAGCAAUGGAGUAGGAAUGCACGGAAUUAACGAAAGUGAGAGUAUUAUUAACGAAGUGAAUGGAGUUCAUAAUGGAAUAAAUGGGAUCUCAGAGAUUUUCGACUCUUAUAUAAAAAUGAAUAUAUAUGAAGCUGAAGAUUUAAAUAUAUUAAAUACGAUUAUAGGAAAAUCUGGAGGAAGUUCAAUUAAGACAACAAUCAAUUAA